GCCCCUCAUUGCACGACGCUGAGCAUCUUCGCCAUGCUUCACUCAUCAACUCACCAGUCCCCCGACAAGCGGGGCUUGAAUGGUCCAAGAUUUGAUAGCACGCGCAAUAACCCCGAUUAGUGGCCCGUCAGGCGGUGAAACUUUGAGCCCCACGUCGCGCCUCCACCCAAGACAAAGUCCCGUCAACAGCAGCCAACUCCACUCGAUUCAUUGUCUCACCUGCAACGGCCCGAGCACGCUCCAGCACUUCACUCGCCUCCGUGUCCGAAGUGUCCCGACUCGGUCGCCGCUUGCGACGACGACGACAAUAUCUUUGUGGGUCGAGACUUGUGCUGCACUUCCUGACUGGCGCCGGUCAACGGCACCUGUAUCCUUUCUGAACCCCAGACCAUCAGCAACCCACAAACCGAAUCUCGCGACUAUGUGACUGUCCCCUUUUGCAUUCCGGUUUCAACUUUGCCCUCCACCGCGAUAGGCAUGGUUGGCAUCCCCAUCACGGAUGCUGACACGUUGCAACACACGAUGGGGUUUGUUGCUGCAAGCCAGCCCGACGACCUCCGGUGCUGCUGUGGAAAGGAGGAUUGUGUGUUCUUGAAGCACAACUGCUCCGUCCUGUCCAGCGUCGAGCGCGACGUGCACACGGCAGCGCGCAUGGGGCAGACCCUGCUAGCCCGCCAUGAAGCUUAUAUGGUCUCGGCCGAACGCGAUCGACUCGAACUCACCGCCCGCAUCGAGCAACUGGAACGCGAAAAUACAGAACUGGAAGCGAGGAACAAAGCCGUCACUGAAGAGAACCACGGACUGAGGGAUGAGCUAGAACAGCUCAACGACACCGUGAAUGAUGCCGAAACCAAGAUCGGCCUGCUCGAGGCCACGCUGCUGGAUUCGCAGCGAGAAGUCCGGAGGCUGGAGAUCGCAGCCGACAGGGCAGCUAGCCUUGAGCGGCAAAUCACAAUACUGGAGGAGGAGCAGGUCGUACUGCGGACCACCAUCGCCCGCACCGAAGAGGAAGCCCGCACGACCAUGUACCGGUGGAGGCAGGCCGAGAAGGGGCUCAGCGACCUACAGGAGCAGCUGGAGCGCAUGGAGAAAGAAGCACGCGAGGAACGCGAGCGCCACGUCGAGGUCAUCGGCCGCAUGGAGCGGCAGCGCGCGAUGGAGAAGGAGCUCAACACGGCCGCCGGCAGACUUAAGGGCGCCGCUGCCGUGAAGUCGAUGACUGAGAGCAGGAGCGGGGGAAGCGCCGUGGCCCAUUUCGUGCGUGACCUGUUACAGGACAACGCCAACCUGCAACUGGGCAUCGCAGAGUUGCGCGAGAUGCUCCUGAGCUCCAACGACGAGAUACAGAUGUUGCGCGAGCACCUGAUGUACCACCAGCCGGCAGGAAACCAAGAACCCGGUUCACCGAAAACACUGCGCGCCGAGCUCGAAAAGAAGGAGCCUCUGUCGCCGCCCCAACCACCACGGGUUUCUCAGGAGUUGCACAUCCACCAUCAUUAUCACGUUUCCCACAAGCCAGAUGUACGGAAGUCGAGAAAACGGCGACAUGGGCUCACAUCGGGGACCUUCACUCCGCCACAGUUCUCUGCCCCUGGAUCGCCUAUCGGUACAUCCGCCCGGUUCCAGCGCGGUGCGCUCGCAGGGCCUCUAUUAUCGCCGCCCCCGGGCGAUCGCCCUACCAUGUCCGCCGCCGCACGCUGGUCCCUCCAGACCGAGGACCAGUCAGAGUUUAUCCCUUCAUCGGCCCCGAGUUCACCGCGGUCUGCAAACAGGGAUUCCGUCUUUGACAGAGUUCCAGACCUCCCUUCGCCCGCUUCACCCACCACAAGCGUGGACCCAGCGUCGCCGGGCUGGAAGACGGCGCACAGGAAAAAAGUCUCCGAGUUCUCGCUCAGGAGCAUCUCGGAAACCGCCAUGUUAUCAACCGACAGGCCCCAUCUACCGCACGCUUACCCUCCACGGCCGCAACCGCUGACCAGCUUCCUAUCGAACGAACAUUCACCAGCCACCAUAAAUUCACCAUAUACCACAGACGAUGUGCCGAGCAUCACCUCUCCCUCCCUCGGCGGCUAUCCCGUUUUCAAUCCCCCCACCGACCUCGGAGCCGACGAAGAUGCCCUGGCUUCCCCUUCCUCAUCCCAGUUCGACCCAAGCGUGGAACAGCGCCCGCGCGACGGCGGUCUCCGGCGGGUUGUCUCACACGAAUCCAUCAUGUCCCUCGCCAACGGGCUCGACAUCCACACGCUCAAGACACGGCCCAGUCAGCUCGCACUCCGACCGCUCGGCUCCCCAACCGCGGCAGGCACCAACCUCAGUGCCGUGACGGCCCAGCCCAUGCUAUCGAGCAGCCUGAGCGCAGCAGGGAAGAGGGGCAGUGUCAUUCUCAGGGAUACACUAGUGAAUAUACCAACAUCGCGGCAGGGCGGUGGUGAGAGCAGGGGUAGAGAAAGAGGUAGGGAGAGAGACGGCGGCGGCGGGCGGAGGAGUACCCCACGAGCGCCGUCGGCGCUGGGCAAGCUUGUCUCGUGGCGGCCGUGGGGCGGCGGAGGUGGAGGAGGCGGGACCAACAACAGCAGCACUAACGAUGACGCGGCGGGGCCGACCGAGACGAGUCCCUCCUCGACGCCUGCGUCAAUGGCGCCGUCUGCACCGUCACUCGCUCCUUCACCCGCCAUUCCAACGCUAUCGCUCUCUCUCCCACCUACCGCAGGCUCCGCCAGUACAAGCUUAUUGGGUAAAUCGCCUCAGGAAAGCGUUUCGUCGAUGGGGACUUCGAGUACUGGCGCGACGGCGAUGGCGGCGGGAAAUGCGGCCCUGGCUGCUAUGUUUCGCGCGCCGGGGAUCAAUCAGCCGGGGGCCGUACCUGGCUUUCAAGAGCUCUGGGCCGCGCAGAAGAGGAGGGCGCCGCCGAGUAAGGUGGCCGUGGAUAACCAAGGAGCUGUGCAGGAGGCGCUGAGGGAGGUGUUGGAGGAGCUCUGACUGAGUCUUUUCCAUUUCUCUCUCUCUCAUUUUAUCAUUUCCUUUUCUUUUGUCUUUUUUGUUCUGGUGGCCCGACCUUGCAUGGGUGGUGUUUUGGCAGGGUGUGAUGGUUUUGGAUUGAAGAGUAUUCGGGAUAGCAUUGGAAGGGGAGUUUGUAUCCCAAGAUACCCUGCUGCUAUAGUAGCGCAUUCGGUGCUCGGGAGAAUGGGACGGGCUGAGGUACCUGAAGACUGGCAUGUGCUUUACGCCACUGUAUAUAAUCAGUAAUCUCCUGGUAGAGCUUUCUCGAGCCCCAACGCCCUCAAUUAUCC